UGGCUGGCGGGCUCCGUGGAGGGGGAAGGCCCCGCGUUCAUGCCGCCGCCAGCCCGGCCGCGCCCCGCAGCUGGGAACCCCACAGGACCGUGCUCUGGCCCUUGAGCCUGCUGCAGCCGCUGGAGAAUGAACCAGCCACAGGGGAUGGCGCCUGUGGGCUCGGACAAGGAACUCAGCGACCUGCUGGACUUCAGUGCGAUGUUCCCGCUGCCCGUGGCCGGCGGCAAGGGCCGGGCCACCUCCCUGGCUGGCGCACAGUUUGCAGGUGCAGGUCUCGAGGAGCGGCCCAGCUCAGGCUCCUGGGUCGCCGGCGAGCAGAGCUCCUCCUUCGACCCUGGCCGGACCUAUAGCGAGGGUGCCCACUUCGCUGACUCCCCCGGCGGCCUCUCUUCAUCCACAUUCCUGGGACCCGCGCUGGGCGGCAAGGGUGGUGAGCGGGGUGCCUACCCGUCUUUUGGGAGAGACGUGACUGUCGGCAGCCUGGCUCAGACCAGCUUCCUGUCCGGUGAGCUGGCCCUCGGCAGUCCCGGGCCGCUGUCUCCCUCGGAUGUCAAGGCUGGCGCCCAGUUCUACGCCUCCUACCCCAGCAACUCCCGGCGGAGAGCCGCAGACGGCGGCCUGGACCCACAGCCCAAGAAAAUCCGGAAAGUUCCGCCUGGUCUCCCCUCCUCUGUGUACCCCCCUAGCUCUGGUGAUGACUAUGGCAGGGACGCCUCCGCCUACCCAGCUGCCAAGACCCCCAGCAGUGCCUACCCUGCCCCCUUCUUCGUGGCAGACAGCAGCCUGCACUCCUCCUCUGAGCUCUGGAGCCCCUCAGCCCCGGCGGGCUUCGGGCCCAUGCUGGGCGGGGCCUCAUCCCCCCUGCCCCUCCCGACGGGUAGUGGUGGCACCUUUGGUGGCCUGCAGCAGCAGGAGCGCAUGGGUUACCAGCUGCAUGGAGCUGAGGUGGACGGUGGGAUCCCGCUCCCAGCAGCACCCACCUUUCCCGGGGCAACCCCAGCCACCUAUGGCAGCGUUGCCAGUCACACGCCCCCCGUCAGCACGGCCGACAGCCUCAUGGGCUCCCGAGGGACCACGGCCAGCAGCUCCGGGGACGCCCUUGGGAAGGCACUGGCAUCGAUCUACUCCCCGGACCAUGGGAACAGUAACUUCUCCAGCCCCUCCCCGCCUGUGGGCUCGCCGCAGGGCCUGGCAGGGACGCCGCAGUGGCCUGCAGCAGGAGCCGCUGGUGCCUUAUCGCCCACCUACGAUGGGGGCCUGCAUGGCCUGCAGAACAAGGUGGAAGACCACUUGGACGAGGCCAUUCAUGUGCUGCGCAGCCACGCCGUGGGCACGGCCAGCGACGGGCACGGGCUGAUGCCCAGCCACGGAACACUGGCCCCUGGCUUCGCGGGCCUGGUGGGAGGUGGCCACUCUGAGGACGGCCUCGUGGGCAGUGCCAGCCUCCUGCAUGGGCACGCGUCCCUCCCCAGCCAGCCCAGUUCGCUUCCCGAUACCUACAGUGGACACGGGCGAGUGGGCGGCGUGGCGGGCGGCAGCGAGAUCAAGCGGGAGGCCGAGGAGGACGAGGAGAACACGUCGGUGGCCGGCCACUCGGAGGAGGAGCGCAAGGAGCUGCAGGCGCGCGCCCGCAGCAGCCCAGGCGAGGAGGAGGACGACGACCUUCUGCCCCCAGAGCAGAAGGCCGAGCGGGAGAAGGAGCGCCGUGUGGCCAAUAACGCGCGGGAGCGUCUCCGCGUGCGCGACAUCAAUGAGGCUUUUAAGGAGCUGGGGCGCAUGUGCCAGCUGCACCUGAGCAGCGAGAAGCCCCAGACCAAACUGCUGAUCCUGCACCAGGCCGUGGCCGUCAUCCUGGACCUGGAGCAGCAGGUGCGAGAGCGGAACCUGAACCCCAAAGCAGCGUGCCUGAAGCGGAGAGAGGAGGAGAAGGUGUCCGCUGUGGUUGCAGACGCCGCCGCCAUGGUGCACCCGGCCGCCCAUCCGGGCCUGAGCGAGGCCCACCACCCCGCGGGGCACCUGUGAAGGACCGAGCGGGUCGGGGUGCCGCGGCCCGGCCCCCCGUGCCCGGAGCUGCAGCCGCGAACAAGAUGCCUUACGGCGCCGCGGAGAGGAGGCCGUGCCGCGGGGCCGCCAGCGCCUGUGCCUAUCAUAGUAUUUUUUUUUUUUAAGGAAAAUAAAGAAACUUAGUU